AUGGACGCUGCAUCGUCAACAUCGCCAGAAACCACCUCAACAUCACCGGAACCCAAAACAUCCACGGUUCCAACUCAAUUAUUACGUGAGAAAAUACGUGAUUACACCAAAAAACAUAGGGAAGCAAUACGCGCUGAAGUUUCCGACUCCUUAAGAUUUCAAUUGGGUGAAAUAAAGGAACGCAUUCAGGAAUUAGAUAAUGUCACUGAGAAGGAUGUUACCGGCCUGGCAGCUCGUAUUAAACGCCGAAAACAUGCCACCAUUGAAGAUAUGUACCGACUAUCUCAUGCUUUCCUGCAGGAUGUUACAAACAUACAGGCAUUUAAUAAAAUUCCCGGCGCCAUUCAGGUUUUAAUCAAGGAACUAACCGGAAAUGAUUCGGAACGGCAAAUGUCUGCUGCCGAAUGUCUAUGUAAUCUUUCACUUGGCGAGGCACCGGUGUGUGAAAAGAUUGCAUCGUUGGCGGGAAGUUACCUCGUAACCUAUCUACAUAGCAAUGAAUCUCAAUUGGUACGCCUGUGUUUGUGGAUAGUUGCAAAUAUCUUGACAACUGGGCAGAAGAGUGCAUCUGUGCUAAUGAAAAUGCAUUUACUGCCACAACUGUGGAAAAUGUAUUGUGACGAUGACAUUGCCGAUCCCGUACUCGAUUAUCGUGAAGAUGCUGCAAUCUGUUUACAACUCAUCGCCUUAAAUGCUGAACAUCUAAUGACACAGGAAGAUCGUAAUUUUGUACUGGAACAAAUGGCUGAUAAAAAUCCAACAUGUGUUGCAGCGGAAUAUCAUCUUGCCAUAGUAUUCCAUUGUCUCUUCAGCCAACAGGAUUUAAUUUCGAAACUAAAUCCUGCUGAUUCUUUGUAUCUAUUGAAUUUUUCAUUAAUCAAUCUAAACAACACAAAUAACUUCCUUACUCAACCACAACGCCUUAAGAUUUUAUAUUCCAUACGCAUCUUGGGUAAUCUUCUAGUUGCCCAACCGUUAAUCUAUUCAACAUUAUUGCUGCAAGUGUCUUGUGUUUGGAAAUCAAGUAUAACAUCGGUAUUAAAUAAAUUAUUUGCUUUCCACGAUUCACACUUGACCCAGGAGGCAUUGUGGCUGUUGAAAAUUGUUUUACAACUGGAAGAGGAAAAUGCAUUUAUGCAACCAAAUAUUUUAGAAAAAAUACAUAUAUUUGAAGAAUGUAUGCCAUUUGCAGAGAAUAUACCAAUUGAAGAGGAAAUGCCAACAGCAAUGGCUGUUUGA